CGCACAGGAACUUCCAAUUUGAGAAAAGAUAUGUGUCAGUGUUGUAGAAGUAGAACAUACAGAGAAGAUAGAGUCAGUGUACAGAAAUUUAGAGGGGGUAAAAAUGAAUACUGUUUUAUAUUUAGUGGUGUGUGAGUAAGAGUAAGUAACAAUUUUAAUUUUGUAUUCGUAACAAGUUGUAGGUAUUUUUUCUUUUUCUUCUAUAGAAGACAGAACCAACCGUAGAUGAUCGACGAUGAAUAUUUUUGAUAUACAAAGAUGCAGUCGGUAAGCUUGCCCCGGCUCUGCGGAUACUAUUUUUCCUAGACGUGGAUUGUCUCCACGUCCACCUUUAUCAGGGGAGCCGUGGACACCGUGACGGUGAUCCGGUUAACGUCGUCGGAGAGGACAAGAAAGCUUUUUCUAUCAAUUCGAAGAACGAUCAUACCGUUUAACGACCUCCGAGAAAUCUUCCGAUUAGUGGUGAUCGCCGAGAAGAAGAACGACUGGAUUCUCGAUCAUCUAGAAAGCUUCACUGGCCAUAAUACCGAACUUCAUCGCGUGAUACUCUACUCAGUAUUUCCUUCAAGAAGAUGUCGCCAGGUGCCUCACAGAAGAUGCUCGUGAAGUGCGAGACCAAGAGCAAUCGGGUGAAAGGCGUCAGCUUCCACCCGAAGCUCUCCUGGGUUCUCGCCAGUCUUCACAACGGAACGAUACAACUUUGGGACUACCGAUUCGGGACCCUGAUAGAAAAGUUUGAGGGAGGUACAGGCUAAAUACUCAGAAAUUGUUGUAACAGUUACGAAUUGACAUCAUAGGAUACUAGUUUGAUUGAUUGCAACGAAGAUUCCAUUGCUUUUGCUCUGACUAGUACGUCGAAUGAGAGCUGCAAUAAUUUCUAAGAAACCAACCUCAAAUCAGAGCACGAAGGCGGUCCAGUGCGUGGCGUCUCCUUUCACAAUAGCCAACCACUCUUCUGCUCCGGCGGCGACGAUUACAAGAUAAAAAUCUGGAACUACAAUUAAGGCCAGCACAACAAGAAAUCCAUCUUCCUCAGCAUCUUAGAAGUCCUCCCAUUGUUCAACAGGAAAUGAUGAACAUGGAGGACCAAGAUCGAUGUUGCUGAAAAUGGAUUUCCCUUAGUUCAUCUAUCUAAUACAAGCAAAAACGUGCGAUAUUUACCUUGCAAGGGCAUCUGGACUACAUCCGGACGGUCCAGUUUCACCAUGAGUCACCAUGGGUCCUGUCGAGCAGUGACGAUCAAACUGUGCGGAUAUGGAAUUGGCAAAGUACUAAUCGUGGGAGAUUUCCUAGUGCUCAGAUCUCUUUCGUCUAGAUACAAAUAAGAUUCGUAUUUCCAAAUCCACCUUUACGCACUCUACUCCUCCACAGAUCGCGGUUGCAUCGCCGUGUUAACCGGCCACAAUCAUUAUGUGAUGUGCGCGCAAUUUCAUCCUUCAGAGGAUUUAGUUUGUUCCGCGUCGUUAGAUCAGACAGUCCGAGUCUGGGAUAUCUCAGGCUUGAAGGAGAGGAACUCGCGCAGCAGCCCACCUGGCCAGGAGGGUAGUGGCGACCUGUUUGGCACCUAUGACGCAGUAGUGAAAUAUGUCCUCGAGGGCCACGAUCGCGGUGUCAAUUGGGCCAGUUUCCAUCCCACUCUGCCAUUGAUUGUAAGCGGUGCAGAUGAUCGUUUGAUCAAGCUGUGGCGCAUGAACGAGACAAAGGCAUGGGAAGUGGACACAUUGAAGUUAUGAAAUUUUCCAGACUCGUGGUCUAGAUUUUGAUUUUUUCUUCUUCCAACACUCAGUAUAGAGUCACUUCGUUCUAUGAAGCAAGUCUCUCAACACUAAAUAGCUCACACCCAUUCCCAUCCCCGCCAUUUACCCGUGUUUUCUUUUAUACUCCUCCUUACUCCCUCUUUCGUUCUUCGCCGUUGCUAACUUAGAUUUUACAGUUCCUACGCCUUGCAAUUGCAUCCACUUGUCCAUUCAAAAUUACUAUUUGCUUAUACAAUGAAUUCGAAUUUGUUCCUUUUAUUCUAAUACCCGGCCAUUUCUCGAACGUGAGUUCGGUUUGCUUCCACCCGAAGAAGGACUUGAUCAUCUCAAACUCCGAGGAUAGAACCAUUAGGGUGUGGGACACUACGAAGCGAACACAGAUCCACACUUUCCGCAGAGAGACAGACAGGUUUUGGGUCAUCGCGACGCACCCCACGUCUCAGUUGACAGCAGUAGGCCACGAUGGAGGCAUGGUUGUCUUCAAACUCGAUAGGGAAAGACCACUGGCGAGUGUACCUACUUGUUUACGCUGAUUAUUUCUAGUCCUUCACGUACUUACACUUUUAUUUCGAUGAACAUGAACUCGGACUUUUUUUACAUCUUCAAAGAACUCAAGGUGGUUAACACCAAACUAGUAUCUUCAACUUGUCGUGUGGCUCUGGCCGCAGUACAAAGCAUCUGUCUCUGAAGAUUCGAUACUUCUUCAUGAAACUACCCCUCAUGAUCAUACCCCUCAUCCUAAUAUAACUCUAUGCAGGUGGAGCACACCCGGAUGAAUCUGUUUCAUGUGCGUGGGCCGGAGAGGAAUCUGAUAGUGGAAGCGCUGGACAAGACUGGAAGUGGCCAGACGGCGAAUCUUUGCACGUUGCGGCGUCCUCUGAACGCUAUGCAGGCAGGGAUGAAGACCCUAGAAUUAAGGCUAGGUAUAAUUUUUCACUAUAAUCUUCCCAUGUGGUGCUGGACUGGUAUGCUGAGCGCCGCUCCCCUGCUUGAUUUAAAGGGGAAAAUUUGAGGGCAACUCACCCGACCAAGGAUAUUGAAAAACUACAACUCUAAUAGAAGUAAACCAAUACUCACCCUCGGAGUCUUCGGCAGUGCUCAUUCAUUACGCGAUCGAGAGCGGCAGCUAUGACCUCUGCAUUGGGAAUAGUCCGCCACUCAGUGGAUACGCCUCGGCAGUCUGCUUUGUGCAGAGAAACAGAUUCGCGGUACAGAAACAACAUUAACGUUAAACGUUGUUGUGAAUACGCAAGAUUCGGGUCUUCUACUUGUUCCAUAAAGUAGUAGCUUUUCAUCAUACCGGGAAUGCUAUACAAUCAUGACUACAUCAGAUCACUGGCUUUCUAACUAGAACCACGACACUCGUGACACCCACACCAUCACUCACUCAACAUCACCCACCUCCCACACGCCCCAACACAGGCUCUCCAGCACUCCGGAAGCAUUGGCAUCUAUAAUUUCCAGAAUGAACUGACGAAGAAAUUUGACUCACCUCUUGCCGGCGUUGGCAUAGAGAAUCUGUUUCCGGGUGGCAACAACAGGAUAAUCCUCAAAUGUCGAAGGGAAAACACUCCAGAGGAUAGAAUUGCCUUGUACGACAUUGUUUCACGCAAAGUCAUCAACGAAGUCACGCUAUUGGGUGGGACCAGGUAUUGGAAACUGUAAUAUAAAUAGUUAGAUUAUGGCUCAAAUUCAAAAGAACCCAUCUCCUCGUGAAGUACAGCGCUGGCAGUGACUGGAAGAGUCUCGGGCUGUACUGAGGCAAGUACUUGGGCGAGUACUAUUCUAACGGGACUAUAUUAUACUCACGGGAUGGGUCGUUAAGGGUAGCUCUAAUAAAAGAUACGGCCUUUAUUUGAGAGGACUUUGAUGGGCUAUGCAAUAGAUACGACCUUUGUUUGAGAGGACUUUGAUUGGCAUAGAUACGAUCUUGAUUGUUUGAGAGGACGUGGACGUUGAUGGAUGUUUCUAAGCUUGAAAUUGUAACGUCAUAAUUUCUAUAAUUUCCUGCGCGGCAAGGCAAGGGCAACCAAGAAGGAAACACAAAAUUGACUUUCUCUUAGUUGGUUAAGGGAGUACUAUGAGUAAGCAAGAUGCGAAUCGGUGAUGAUAGUGUGAAGAUGUGGCUGGUUUUUUCGAACCCUCAAUCUAUUUUCUAGUCUUCCUUCAGGUACGUCGUCUGGUCUCCGAAUCAUCUCCUAAUUAAUUCAGAACCUACUCUCAAUCCAUAUCCAUUUCUUCCUCCUUCAAUCAGGUACGUCGUCUGGUCUCCGAAUUUCCAGUAUUGUGCUAUAUUCUCGAAGCACAAUUUAGUCCUCGUGGAUAGGAACUUUGAGGUAAUGCAUACUCUCCAUGAGCAGAUCCGAAUCAAGUCUGUUAUGGCUGUCAGCACUAGUAUUUUCAAUAUUUUCUACUUAUAUAUAUUAUAUGAUGAAAGUGACUGAAAGAGUUUUUUGACGUGGAAAAUUCGUGAGGGACGUCCUCUUACAAACUUACUCCAUAGAAAUACUGACUUUGAAAAGUCCUAGGUAAACCUCAUUAUAUUAUAUGAUGAAAGUGACUGAAAGAGCAGUUUUUUGACGUGGAAAAUUCCUGAGGGAUGAACUAGAAUCCUACUGUAGGCACGGCCGAACUACAGGGAUAAACUACGCCGUACCCUAGAGGGAUAGAAAAUUGUGAUAGCUCUAAUUCGUGUGCUUGGGAUGCGCAGAACAAUGUCUUCGUAUAUGCGACGCUCUCACACGUCAAAUAUUGUCUCCUAAACGGCGACUCCGGAAUUAUUCACUCGCUGGCCCAGACAAUCUAUAUCCAAGCCGUAUGGAAGCAACACCUCUACUACAUCGAUAGGGAAAAACAAGAGGUACUAUCUCAGUAAUCACCUCUACUAUAUCGAUAGGGGAAAACAAGAGGUACUAGUAUCUCAGGAGUAGUUUUCAGAUGAAUUGAAAUUGUAUUGCUGUUAGGCCUUCCGAGAAUCAUGGAGGAAUUUAGAGGAAGAAUAGUUCGAGUUCUAGUGUAGAGAAGCUGUAGAGAAGUGAUGUAGUUUAUCACACACAAGUAUAGCGGUAAUUCUACAAAUACGUCCUCGUCCCACUCAGCACUCUAUCAACCAACGUCUUCACCAAGGUUCACAAGCAGCGGCUGAACUGUACGGAGUAUUUGUUUAAGCUAGCUCUUCAUGAAAAGAAGUUUGACGAUGUAAAGAUGUGGAUUAAGAACGGCAGAUUAGGCGGCAACGUUGUGAUCGGAUACCUCAAGCGAAAAGGUUACCCAGAAGUGGCCUUGCACUUCGUCGAAGACCAGCAGACGCGGUUUAACCUCUCUCUCGAAUACGGCCACAUCGCCGAAGCCAUGAAAGCAGCACAGGAACUAAACGAUCCAGGUGUUUGGACGAGACUCUUAUGGCUGAUAGUUUUUUCGUUUUCGAAAUAAGAAUAAUGCUGUAGCACCACAAGAGUAGAACCGAAGAGACCGAGCAGGGAUUCUUUCGAGAAGUUAAUAAACAUUGAGUGUCUAGUAUGGUUAUGAUGAAAGCAAAGGCAUUCCAUAGUAUUAAGAAAUGGCCGUGGUUUUAUGGAUCAUUGCAACUACUUUGUCACACACUCAAAAACUCGUUGUUUCUAACCUUCGGAACUACUACUACUACGUUGUUACACACUCAAAAACUCGUUGUUUCUAACCUUCGGCACAGAGGCAAGUCGACAGGGCAGCGCAGAGACCUUGGAGAUGGCGUUUCAGAAGACGAAGAACCUAGACGCCUUGAGCUUCCACUAUAUGCUCACGGGUAAUAGACUGAAGCUGGCGAGGAUGUUGUCCAUAGCAGAGAAAAGACAGGAUCCGAUGCGACGCUUCAACAACGCUUUGAUGCUGGGAAGUGUCGAGGACAGGAUUAAAGUGCUGGCGGAGACAGGACAGGUACUCCGAGGACCUUCUACUGGACCAUUUAAGCUUCACAAGAUUUCUCUUACUGAGUUCUUAAUCGAUCUUCCUGGAAAAAUAUUACUUCGCACUGUCUGAAGAUGAAGUUUCUUUGCACAUCUGAAUUACCGACUACUAUAUCUAGGUUCCUCUCGCCUAUUUGACCGCGAAAGCGCAUGGUUUGAGCGAACUUAGCGAAGCUUUGGAGGGUAAUGUUGAUAAGGAGAAGAUUGACCGCUUUCUAGAAGCAAGAGGUAGCGGACGACUGCUUCUUCCUCCAGUACCGAUAGUGCCGCGUGGCGACGUCAAUUGGCCACAUCUGCAAACCUCAGACGCGAUCUUCGAACACACGCGGAUGGAUAAUGUGCCAGACCACGUUCCACAGCAAUACAUAGAACCAGACCAAGCAAUGCCAGACGGAUUUCACGACUUACGGCUACUUGUUUCCUUACUAUCUCUCUUGAUAUUAUUUAAUCUAAUCUUCAUGAGGAACACAGACAUUCUGAUCCUGAAGAAGGGGGUUCGUUUGAUUUCAGGGGGAAAAACCUCGGCCACCUCCAGGAUGUACUAAGUGUCUUAAGAUGGAAGACUGAGAUGUACAACUAUCUUAAGAUGGAACAUUGAUUAAAUGAAUGAAUGAACGUUGUUUGAUUUGGGUUGAAUGAAUGAAUGAAUGAAUGAACGGUGAGCUCUAAGAGAUACAUUAGACGGCGCCGAAUUUCAGGAUGAAGAUAUCAAUGCGGGUGACGGCUGGGAAGAAAUCGACGACAUCGUCAUCGAACCGAUUCCGGAGAACGCGGUCUCAAAGGAAGCGAAGAAGCCCGCUCUCGCGCCAGGAGAAACACAGCAGCAGAAAGCAUUGAAACAACGUAUUUGAUCUAACUGUAGUUGUCGGAGGACCUCGUCCUUGAAUUCUCAAAUUAUGUGUAAAUCCUAAAUCACUCUUGUCACAGUACUAAAGAUUAUCACUCUCCUACCUUUCCUAAUAUCACUCUCCUUUUUCACCUUUUUCAGCAUAUUUUUUCACAACAACAUCUCGAUCUCAUCUAUCACCAAAAUCAGGUAAGCUCUGCGUCGAUCUUGUGAUUGCGGGAGCAUUUGACGACGCUCUGGACUACUUGAGAAGAAGAAUAGGACUCAUCAAUGCGAAACCGUUGUUGCCAUACUUUCUUAAGGCUUGUUUGUGCAUAAUUCCAUUGAAUUGUAACAAAGAGGUGCGAGGUACUACCAGUUUCUUUGAUGUGCAUGAUUGUCGUUCCAUUGAUCUUAACUAAGAGGAACUUACCAGUCGUACGACAUUGUUGGCCACCAGUAAAGGGUCUUUGGCGUACGAACAGCAUCAUCAUCAGAGAUGCACACAUUGGAGCAUCCUUGGACUGUUUCAAACACGAAAACAGCCAGUAUCCUUCAUGCUCUUCUUUUACUUGAAUUGACGAUACAAGAGGAAUAAAACAAAGAGGCCAGGGAUUAUCAUGACUUAAACUUUCUUCGUCGACAAAGAAGUAGUUUCAAGAUGGAACUUGUUUUUGUACAGCGACCGACCUCUAAUUCCCAGAACCAAUAUUUAGCGAGCCAGUGCUCAGUCCCGGGUCUGCCGAAUACGCCUAGCCAACUACAUCUUCUGAUGCAGGAUGGCGCGCCAAGAGUCCUCUACUCCGCGCAGGCUUUGCAAGACAUGGUACUACUGUUUUUUAAAAAAUCAAUAAGCGGGACAAUCGAGUAGUCCUAGACAAAAGCAUGCAUUUUUCAUCAAGUGCAUAUUAUAAAGAAGCUUAGCAGGAUAAGUUUUUGUUCAUCCAUCUCCACAUUUUUAUGCACAUGAUGGGAUUAUGAUUAUGUCCACCGUUAUUAUGUCCUCGACCUUACAGAAACGGGAAGGGCACAAGCAAGUACAGGGAGGCAAAUUUGACGAGGCUCUGCAGAUAUUCCAGAAACUGCUUCACUUUAAGGCUCAUGAUACUUCAUCUCCACAGUUCAUCUCUGCCUUUACAUCCCUUUGAAAGUAGAUGAUCAAGAACUACUACUACUUAAAAAAGAGCCACGUACUUAAAAAGAGCAGCCUCGCGGGGAGUACAGGGCGUGAUAGAUCAGAAGAUUGUAAUUGAGGUUUGACUAAAACAUUGUAGUCGUUCUACGGCUGCGUUAAUCCGCUCGAGUAUGCAGGCCGUAAAACUGUGGGCGGCGGACUAAAUCCUAAUCCUAAUCCUAAAGAGACGCUCUAAUCAUUGCUUGGUUUUAGCCGCAGCAAGAGACGACGAUGAAGAGAAAGAACUACUGGCCUUGGUCGGCGUGGCGACAAGCUACACUCUUGUGCUGAUGAUGCAGCUGGCCAAAAAAGGUAUUUUAUCAAAGAGGACAUUCUUGUGUAGUGAACGGUCGUUAAUGGUCAACAUUAUACGCUAAGAUGAAGUAAUCAAAACAACUUGCGAAAAAUCUCAUACGACUACAAGAAGUGAGCCACGACUUGAAACAGCAACAACUACACUUAAAUCUCCAACUUCAUCGUCAUGUCUUUUCUUUCUUCAGACGCUAGCGACGCAGCGCGUGGUAUCGAGCUUGUGAACCUGAUGACUGUUGUCGCUGGCCUCGAGCCUGCGCAUCAGUUCCUCUUCCUGCGCCAGGCCAUGACGACAACCUUUAAGGCGGAAAAUUUUAUCGAUUCUGCGCAUUUUGCCUCCAAGAUUUUGCAGAAGAAUGUGAAUGCCAGUGCAGGAGGCUAUGUGGAGAAGACAGUACAGCAAGCGCGUGGCGUCUUGCGCAACGCUGAGGAAAAAGGCACAAACGCCCUUUCCUGUGGGUUUGAUGUGACCAGAGUCGAGCCAACGAGUGCGAAGAUAUGCGCCGCGAGCCUCACUUUGAUCCCAGACGGAGAACAGUUCGAACGCUGUUCCUACUGUCAGGCGAUCUACAAUUAAGGCAAUAGAAUGAGAACAAUAGAAUAUUUAUUUUUGUAAAACUACAACUAUAUCUUGAAGAAAGAUCUAACUCUAAUAAUAUUUUAUGCAAUUUAUUAGUCCCAAGAAGAGAUCACGCCGCGAUGAUAUGGACAUUAUUAUAUUCUACCUCAUUAGGAAGUUCUAAUACAAGCGCGUCCAUAUGCGGAAAGCGUGCAGCGUCUGCGGAAUUGGCGAGGUAGGGAAGCAGGUGAUGGGCAUGGAAUUCCGGAAAAAAUUCUGAUGGCAGAGAAACGACUAGAUAUACUGGUACUUUCUCCAGCAUGAUCGAUGCCAGUACCAAAAUAACGAUGUUGAUGUAGCUAGUUGUUGGAGUCAUACAUUUUUUUUAUCUCAUCAAAAAUGUCUGAUGUUUAGAUUUACUGGUACUUUCUUCAGGAUGAUGCCAGUACCAUGGCUCCGCACAUGAUGAUAUGUUUCAAAAUCAUACUCAAGAGUUUACAACUACUAGUCUUCUAAUAAAAAUCGAAACCUUCUCUGCUUUUUCGCUGACAUCUUCUAAUUCCCCACAUGAUAAAUACAGUGCAGGAUGAUACCUUCAAGGCUCUGGUGAAUACUAGCUGUAUCCAAAGAGUAUCCAUGUAUUCUGAUGUAAUAAAUUGUCGUGCUAAAAAGGAUGAAGACUUUUUUUGUAUCUAUUGUUUGACAUACCUUAGGUGAGUACCUUCACCCAACAUCUAUGGACAUGUUUUGGAUCAAUAUACAACUGACGCUGUGGGCGUGGUUCUACUCUGUGCGGAUAUAGUACUUUCGAAGAAACUAUUAAAAUGUAGUUUAUCUUCAAAACUACGUACUUACUUCUACGACACAUGAUCAUCCGGCAUAGGAAUAGAUAUCUACUUACGACCACAUCACUCCUCGUCUGUACAUAAUUGUUUACAGAUGAGUCACAACAUCCAAGACUCCAAAACAAGAUUUAAAUCAUCCGGCCUCCUUACCCAAUACCCAGAUUCGAUUGCUCCUUGUGAUUGUACUCCCCUGACAAGCCAGAAGGAGCGACGACCCCCCUUCAACGAGCGCUCUUCGUAACAUGAAGAUUCUACACUCAUCUCGUCUACAACUGGCAUACGAAAAUAUAAAAGUGGAAAAUAAAUGAACGGUGGACUGCUGGAAC